CACGACUCCCGGUUCGCCUUUUCCACAAAUACUACACCCCCGUGGAUGACCCCACCAACUUCAUGGAGGUAACGUGUAAUCUGUGUGGGCGGACUCUAAAAGCUUUGAAAGUUUACACUUACAUUCUGCACUUUAGGAAGGUCCACAGGUACUUUGAGAUUGACAACAUAACGAUAGGAGACAUCGAUCGGGCGUUUUUAGUCGAUCUAGAAAACCGUCGCCUUCAUCGCAAGAAGCCCGGCCCGUCAUCGUGCAAAACGGUUUAUGGCGAUGACAAAACGAGCGAUCAGAACGGUCCACAUGGGGGUCCUGGCUCGGUCGACAACUCCGCCCCCCACCACCAGCAGCAACAAGUCCAGUCACAACAGCAACAUCAUUACGACAGCAGCUGCAAAUAUGUGCCGCCACAUUCGCCAAUGACGCCCGGGUCGGUGGGGAUGAAUCCUCCAACACCUCCGCAGCAGCAGCAAGGUCACCCCCCUCUACUUGAAAUCUGCUCCACCCACGCCCGGUCAUCCACAACACCCUUUGCCCCCAAUCCAACCACAUCAUCACCAGUCUCCACCAACACCGCAACCUCCUCCUCAGUACCACCACCAGCAUCACACUCAGCAGUUGUCACCUCCAAGCCGAUCGCCACAUCAGGGCCAAGUCAACUACGUCGGUCGGCAGCAAAUGUCUCCCGGAAUGCAGCAGCCCAUGUCACCCGCGAUGCACCAACAAAUGAUGGCGUACCAGCAGCAGCAGCAGCAGCAAGGAAUGGUCAUGGCGGGAGGAUGAGGAAGGGUGACAAUGGACGAUGCGCCACGUCGACACUCGUUCCGCCCCCACCACUACAAGGUCACGGAAUGCCUCCGCAGCAACCGGUUAUUCAGCGAAGGGUUGGAGAGACGCCAAAUCCGGCGGCAAUGUUCCCCAUUCGCCCUCCACCGCAACAACAACAACAAAUGCAAAACAAUCAUGGCCAAGGCAUGGCUUCAUCGGGGUCCCACUCUCACCAGAGUCACCAAGGUCUCGAUCCUCGCAACAUGUACACCAAUUUUGGUCCAGCCGACGCCUACGCCGCCAUGUACCAACAGCAGCAGCAUCCAGCCAUUCGUCAUCAAUAUCACCCGAGUCGGAUGCCGCCAAGAAUGUCGUCGUCAUCAUGGCAUCACUCGUCGAGACCGCAAUUUCCUCCUCCUCAAUUACCGCAACAACAUCACGGAAGAGAAGCUUCUUCAAACAGGCAUAUUCAGAACCUUCCUGCGCCAUCCCGUUCCUUGGCGAAAUUGCAACAACUCGCUCACGGGAUGGGCGGAGGAGCGAUGUCAAGUUCCACCGCUAUGACGGCAACUCCCACCGCGCCACCCGUCGCCCCACCAGCACCGCACAACCUGCGGUACCAGCAGUAUCAACAACAGAUGCAACAACAAGCCCAGGUGGCAGCUUAUUACCACCGCUAUCCUGGCGCACAACAGCCCCCAACCACUUCCGGUGGAGGACAGCGUCCUCACGCCUAUGCGCAACGACCUCCCUCCAUGACUAACGGCGGGCGGCAGCAUGGACAAGACCCGCGACAAACUGGGCCUUACUCUGGCUUGAUGCCCCAACUCAAUCCAAACAUGAGACGCUGAUAAGUCAUCCCUUAUCAAACGGAUGACUACCAUUUAUUUCUAUGAAUGAAUUAGACUAUAUGAUUUUUCUACGUUUUUGUUACAUUUUUGUAACUAAUUAUUCCAUUAGUUUUUGUAUGGAAAUUAUUUUUAGCGACUAUAUAAUUAAUUAUUGUCAAGUUGUUACAUGAAAAUUCUUAUGAAAUUUACGAGAUUAUUC